CUGGACAGCUGAAAUCGCGUUCUCUCGUUUAUCACUGUCGUCUUCCACGCACAUUCGUCGCCUUUUCUUCUCCGUUCGUCCGUCGACUGCUUGUGCCAUUUGUUUUGAAUAUUCCGAGUGAAUUCGACGCGCCCGUAAAAGUCGCAUUGCCAAAAAAUUAUCGGGGCCCGUAGAUAUAUAUUUUUAUAUAUACACACGUACCUAUAAUACCGUUAACAAGUGUGUGGGGCCGCAUUCGCAUCGAUAUUGUUUAGUUUGUUUAAAAAACAUAAACACAACACUCGGUUGUUUAUCGUCGUGCAUUUAAAGUUUCCCGCAAACGGAAAACUGUGCUUUCCAGUUGUUGUGCCACAUAAAUAGGAAGGGAAGAGUUCCGUUGCCCCGGUCAAGUGCAUCUAAAAAAAAAAAUAAUAAUACAAAAAGAUAUUAAAGUUAAUAUAUAAAAGUAAAAAAUAAACCUAGUUUAAAAUUCUACUGAAUGUCCGAGAAUAAAGGCAUCAUGCUAGCCAAAUCUGUUCAAAAACACGCUGGACGUGCCAAGGAGAAGAUUCUACAAAACUUGGGCAAAGUAGAUCGCACCGCAGAUGAAAUCUUCGACGAUCAUCUGAACAACUUCAACCGCCAGCAGGCGAGUGCCAACAGAUUACAAAAGGAGUUCAAUAACUAUAUAAGAUGUGUUCGCGCUGCACAAACCGCCUCCAAGUCGCUGAUGGAUGCCGUUUGCGAGAUCUACGAGCCACAAUGGAGCGGCUACGAUGCGUUGCAGGCACAGACGGGCGCCUCGGAGAGCCUGUGGGCGGACUUUGCGCACAAAUUGGGGGAUCAAGUCCUCAUUCCGCUCAACACAUACACCGGACAGUUUCCUGAAAUGAAGAAAAAAGUGGAGAAGCGCAACCGCAAGCUGAUUGACUACGAUGGCCAACGUCACUCGUUCCAGAAUCUGCAGGCCAAUGCCAACAAGCGCAAAGAUGAUGUUAAACUAACCAAAGGACGCGAACAGCUUGAGGAGGCCAGACGCACCUACGAAAUCCUGAACACGGAACUGCACGAUGAGCUGCCUGCCUUAUACGACUCAAGGAUACUGUUUCUGGUCACCAACUUGCAGACGCUUUUCGCCACAGAACAGGUGUUCCACAACGAAACGGCUAAGAUCUAUUCGGAGUUGGAGGCAAUCGUCGACAAAUUGGCCACAGAAUCGCAACGCGGCUCUAAUACGCUACGCAAACAGACAAGCAAUCCCAUCAAGACAUCGAGUCCAGUACAGUCGCCAGUGAAUAAGUUAAACAAUGCCAACAUCAACAGCAACUAUCAGAAUCAAAUUACCACAAACGGUGGCUCCAGUUUGGCAAACAGCCCGAUAUCCACCAGCUCGUCGCUGCAAGAGCCACGAUUUGAUUCAGUUUCUUCAACACCAGAACCGCCUCCGGAAUCCCCAGCAGCAGUAGCAACAGUAGCAGCUGCCACGCCCAGCAGUCCCACGGAGAAUGGGGUAACCACCAAAUCAGUGGAGCGUCCCGAGUUGAGUGGUACGAAUGCGAGUGCCAAGGCAACCACAACCACGCAGACAUCGCCCACGGAGGAGAAGGUGGUGGUCAGUGAAGUGAAGCCAUCAGAAACAGAAGGAGCAGCAGCCGCACCAGUAGAAGCAACACCUGCCGCCCCAAAAACAGCACCUCCCCAAAUCAAUGGCAACAACAAUGAACCCUCGAUAGCCAAGGAAGGUGGUAAACAUCCCAAGGAACUACCAACAACCACAUCGAAUGCAGAAGCUGCUGCCGAGGCGGCGGCCAAUAAUGGCAACUCCAUCGAGGAGCACAAGCAGAAGAAAUUAGGUAAUGACACAACAGCAACAUCAACAGCAACAGUAACAGAAACAGUCACCCAGCACUUAGUUACAUCAACAGAUACAGAUAAUUUAGUAACAAAAUCAGAUACAUCCAAUUCAGAUACUAAGACCAGCACAGGCACAAGUCAGAAAGGUAGACCAGUACCCGUAGUUAAUAGGCACAGCGUAAAUAAUCUAAAUAAGAAUCCGUUUGAGGAUGAUGACGAACGCAUCUACGAGGUGCCCGCUGAUGCCAAUACCGCUGAUUUGCCGGAAGGUGUUCUUUACCGGGUGAAGGCCACCUAUGGCUAUGUCAAAGAGGAUGUGGAUGAACUGAGCUUUGAGAUCGGUGACCUUAUUCGCGUUAUUGAGUACGACGAUCCCGAGGAUCAGGAGGAGGGCUGGCUAAUGGGUCAAAAGGAGGGCACCACCGAAAAGGGACUCUUCCCCGCCAACUUUACGCGUCCCAUCUGAAGUGGCCAACAGCAUAUCAACUGGGCUAGCAACCAACCAUCAGCAAAUUCAGUUACAACAUAAACAACCCAACUAAAAAAAAAAAAAAAAACAAACAAACAUAAAAUACUUUUCGAACGGAGGUCCAAAUCCAAAUACAAACUUUCAGCCAAAUUUUUUUUCUUUGUGAGCGCUGCUUUCGUUAUUGUCAAAUUAAUAAUAAAAAAAACAUGUUUUGUGAAAUGUAUUCGAAAAAUGUGCAAUCCACUUAUUGGGAUUGUUAGAGCAGUGCUUCCAAUUAUUAAAUUGUUAUUGUUAACGAAAGAAAAACCCACAAACAACACAAAGAAUGAAGAAUGCAGAUGAGAGAGGGAGAGAGAAUAUUUUGAAAAAUGUUUCAAACAUUAUUUUUUAGUUCUAAGUUUCAAUAACAACAACAACAACAACAAAUCUAAAGCAUAAACCUACGUAUACAUAUAUUAUUUGUUAAUCCUAUUAUUGUGCUCAUAAUUAAUGCGAACAAAAAACGUAUCUAAUUUGUAAUUUGUUAAAAAAAAAACGGCAAACCACAAAUGAUGUAACGCAUAUCACUCGAAAGCCAGAGUAAUUGUUAAACAAAUCAAAAGUCGGAGUAGAUAGCCUGAACCUUUUGUAUCUUGUGUAUUUUGCAAAUAUUAUAGUACGAGUUUUUUAUAGUCAAUUGAAUGUAUUUUUUGGGACGAUGCAACAAACAAACAAAAAAAAACAAUGGCCAGAUGUAAUUCCUCUGUGGUCCCCGAAGUUUCUUUGGAAAAUUUGUUUUUCAAGUAACAAUUUUAACUUUUAGCAAUUACGUGUAUCUUAAUUUGUACUUUGGUUUUUAAUUUGUCGUCUGAGAGACUCGAACUAGCUGCAGCUUUAUAACACGAACACAAUCCAAUAGUCACUAACCGAUCGAUUCGAUGUUUUUAUAUUUUAUUUAACUCGAUUGUAAAUCACACGAGACCCGAAAUAAUUGUUUAAAUUGUGCACACACUGUAAAGUUAUUAUUUUAAUUUUAUUUAAUUAAUUUAAACACUUAUUUAUCGCAUGAACAUAUUGAACAAAUGAUAAUAAUUUACAGAAAGCAAAUAAAACAUAGAAUAAAUUAAA